AUGGCGGAACCACGAUCUUUCUCUAUCACUGUACAAGUUAUGGCUAUCAUCGGGGGAGCAGCUCUUGCUGGUACUAUGAUGAGCCUCUCUCUUGUGACUAUUCCGCUGUUCCUGGAUACCAACACACAAGUGUCGCACAUGUUGAGACAGUGGCAUCGACUCUAUUCCUAUGGCCAUGUCGUCAUGCCAGGGCUUUCGGUGGGUAUCUGCGGUCUAUACUUGUACAAGGCAAUGCAAAAGCGACAGAGUCAGCAGUGCCGGGCUUUGUACACCAUAGCAGGUCUCGUUACGAUUGCGAUGAUACCAUUCACUCUGACAGUGAUGUGGGACACGAACCAGACCUUGUCGUCGCUCGCAGCAGAUGAUAUUCAGAAGAGUGGGACCAUCGACCCGUUGUUCGGUCAGGUGCAGGAGCUUGUGGCUAGUUGGGGUCGCAUGCAUUUUGUUCGAUCAUGCUUCCCACUCGCCGGUGCUGCCCUCGGUUUCACUGGUGUGUGGGAGGAUUUCACAAAUUGGCCUUUCAGCUUUCGUAGUUGA